AUGACAGACCGGCUGCGUAUUUCAUCCACCGUUUCCAGAACUUUCACUUGUCCCAUUUGUCUUGAUGACAUCCCUCGAGGAGAUCAGGUGUGUUAUUUUCGCUGCGGUCAUCGCUUCUGCUUUGAUUGCGCCACCAACUACGUCACUGUCAAAGUGAAGGAAGGGCAAGUUGCUCAACAAAGCCUUGUGUGUCCCCAAGAUGGAUGUGCAGCCCCUCUGACUGUACAGGAAAUUCGUGGAUGUUUGAGUGAAAAUGCAGAGUGCAUGGAAAAGUUUGAAAAUUUCUCCUUGAAGCUGUUCUUGGAACGGAGUCCCAACACUUUAUUUUUCUGCCCAACACCAGCUUGUAGCAAUGUCAUCGAGACUGGAACUCUUAAUGAGAAGGAAAAGUACAUUUGCCCUGCUUGUCGGCGCUCAUACUGCCUCAAAUGUUCAAAAGAGGACAGAAAGUUCCUUGGCCUUGUUAGCAGAAAGGGAAUGAAAAAGUGCCCAUCUUGUAACUUUUGGGUUGAGAAAUCAGAAGGAUGCAACGCAAUGCGCUGCCGAUGUGGAACAACGUUCUGCUGGCGUUGUGGAGAUGACGUCAACAAAGAUUCUGGUUGCCGUUGCAUGCGGGAUAUUGAAAAGUUAUCAGCUAGAGAUCGUAUGGAUGUUCUACAGGUUAACAGUCAUGCUACGAAUAGAAGCAAUCCAGCACACGACAGGCUGCAACAGAGACUUCGCAAUGACAAUCUGCUUCCGGGUAUUUUCGGUCAACUUGGCGGCUUGCUCCAAUUCAGACCCUUCUGA